UUAUUAUUUUUUCGGCAUCCAGGUGAAGGGCGAAUACGGGUGGGGCCGGUUUGUUUUGGAUGGGAGACGAGGUCUAACUGAUUAUUCCACUGUCGUGCCUUCGAGCGGGUGGAGGUCGGGUUUCCGCACAUUUAGGAGAGCAAAGGGGCUGGCGGCGGUCGAGUAAUCGACCUUGACCACAGCGCCCGAUGUCACGAUGAUUGACACGUCGUUCCUUACCGUUCAAAAAAAAAGAUUGAUACAUAUAUCUUGUUAGUAAUAUAUGAUGCCAUUGAUUUCUUAGCCUUUGUAGUUUCCUCCACUUACAUCAUCAUCCCACUGCUGGUCAGUUGGGAAACAUGAUCCGAAAUCACAUCCCAUUAUCCUUGAUAAACUCUUCUACCAAUCCUAUAUAAACCCCCCUUGCAUGCAUGCAUGCUCACUCCACCACAACUACUAACACCACCACCAUAAGCCACCAACCAUGAACACCCUCCUUCAGCUUCAAUGCUCAACACCAGCAGUAAUAUCUCCGAAUCUGGAGAAGAAGAAGAAGGGGUGGUGUUCAUGCGGAUGCACCGAGUGCGAUGAUCCGAACGUUCCACACGACUACUUUGAAGCAGUUCUUGAUUACAUAAACGAUAUGCUCAUGGGUGAAGAAGAUGAGUUGAUGAACAAGUCAUCUAUGUAUCAUGAUUGUUCUGCUCUUCAAGCUACUGAAAAAUCAUUCUAUGAUGUUCUUGCCCAAACCCAACCUACUUUUCCUUCCAUGAUCACCUCGGUCCACCUCCCGGAUCAAAGCGAAUAUGUUUGCGAUCCGGUGAUCAGUUCGGUUAGGGUUUCUUUGAGGGGAAAGAAGAACAGGCAACCGCCCGAAUGUGACCAUGAGCAACAUAGAAGAAGUAACAAAGUAGCAGGCGGUUUGGGUGAGGAGGAAGAACUAAUGAAAACCGAGGUUAUGACGAUGAUCGAUAAGCUUUUGCUUUGUCCCGGUUCGGUUGAAGUUGGUUUGCAUGAUGAGCUUGCUUGUUGUCCUUUCGACAACCCGGUGAAUCCGAGUUUACUUGCUGAAAAACAAAGAAGAAAGAGAGUAAACCCUGUUAAACAGAUUGUUGAUUUGAAGAUUUUACUCACUCAUUGUGCACAAGCGGUUUCGUCCAACAACAAACUCGCAGUCGAAAACCUUCUCGAGAAGAUUCGAAAGCAUUCGUCCCCUCGUGGAGACUCAGACGAGCGUUUAGCGCAUUACUUCGCUGAUGCGCUUGAGGCGCGUUUCGCGGGGACGGGGAUGGAUCUAUACACAAAUCUAGCUUCAAGUAAGAUCAAUGCAUGUGACAUUGUUAAAGCUUAUCAGGUUUACGUGUCUGCAUGUCCUUUUAAGAAAAUGUCCAAUAUUUAUGCCAAUAAGAUGAUAGGAAACCUAGCUAGAGGUUCACCUAAGCUACACAUAAUAGAUUUUGGAAUCUUGUACGGAUUCCAAUGGCCCUGUCUUAUUCAGGGCCUAUCAGCACGGCCCGGUGGGCCGCCAAGUCUCAGGAUUACAGGGAUUGACUUUCCUCAGCCGGGUUUCCGCCCGGCUGAGCGAGUCGAAGAGACUGGUCUUCGACUCGCUGACUACUGCAAAAGAUUCAACGUGCCAUUUGAGUAUCACGCUAUCGCAAAGCCAUGGGAUAGCGUGAAGAUCGAGGAUCUCCAAAUCAAUAAGGACGAGAUCCUCGUGGUGAAUUGCUUGUACCGACUACGUAACGUGUUCGACGAAACUGUACUUGGAACCGUAGAUUGUCCGCGUGAGUCGGUUCUAAAGCUGAUCAAGAGUAUGAAGCCGGAUUUGUUCAUCCACGGAGUCGUGAAUGGGAACUACAAUGCGCCGUUCUUCUUGACAAGGUUUCGCGAGGCGUACUUCAACUUCUCGGUGUUAUUCGACAUGUUUGAGGCGGCAUUGCACCGCGAAGACGAAGAGAGGUUGUUGUUCGAGAAGGAGGUGAUCGGUCGAGAAGUGAUCAAUGUGAUAGCUUGUGAAGGAACAAAGAGGAUUGAGAGGCCAGAAACAUAUAAACAAUGGCAAGUGAGGAAUGAGAGGGCAGGGUUUAAGGUGGUACCAAUGAACCGAGACAUAAUGAAGGAGGUUAAGGCUAAGGUGAAAAUAGGUUUUCAUAAAGAUUUCAUGGUGGAUAAUGAUGGUGAUUGGAUGGUGCAAGGGUGGAAAGGGAGGGUGAUCUAUGCUAUUUCCUCAUGGAAGAUUGCAUAGCCCUUUGGUGUGUUUUUUAUUAAUGCUAUGUUCUCUUUUUUAUAAUAAGCUUGUUCUAUAAUAAAGUGUUGUUUUGUUUUUAUUGUUA